AUGUACGAUGCUGUUGUUACACAGUACAUUGGAUGGUACGAUGAUGACAGUGUCGGGGGCCUAAAGGGGGCAAUGGAGAAGAUGAACCAAGAAGACCCAGACUUUGUCAUGGGGAAGGUGGUCAGCAGUUGGUUCCAACUUGGCAGAAAGUCUAUCAGAAGGGACGAGAAUCUGAGGAAAUAUGUAGAGGACUUGGUGAGAUCAGGACAGGGGGGCAACUAUACCUCCCGGGAAAAGCAACACGUGGAGGCCAUACGUCUCCUGGCUGAAAGAGACACACCUGGUGCGUGUAAUGUCUGGGAGAACAUUCUGGUGGAACAUCCUACAGACAUCCUUGCUCUGAAGUUAGCCCAUAUGUCCUACUGCAAUCUUGGGUACUCCGUACAGCUGAGGGACUCGGCUGCUAGGGUGCUCCCGGCAUGGAAGCCGAGCAUGCCUCUGUAUGGGUACUUGCACGGAAUGCAUGCUUUUGGGCUGGUGGAAACCAACUUCUUCAAUCAAGCUGAAAAAUCGGCAAGAAAGGCUCUUGAGCUGAAUCCGAGGGACAUUUGGGCGACCCAUGCCGUGUGCCAUGUUCUGGAGAUGGAGGGAAAACAGGAGGAAGGCAUCAGCUUCUUAUCAAACACCUUACAAGAUUGGAGUAGCUGCAACUUGUUUGCGGGUCAUUGCUACUGGCACUGGGCACUGUACCACAUGGAGAAGGGGGACUAUUCUGCGGCUCUGGAAAUAUUUGACAGUCAGUACAGGGGCAGGAAAGAUGCCUUCAUCACGGACACCAGUUCUCUUCUUUUCAGACUCAACAUGGAAGGAGUGGACGUAGCCGAUAGAUGGAAUGACACGUACAAAAUGCGCCAGCCUGACCUGGAAGAACGAGUCGCUGUCAUUAAAGACGUUCACCUCCUUCUGUGCUGCCUGGGGGCCAAGCAGCAGGAAUCCACCAAGAAGAUGAUGGAGUCUCUCAGAAGUUUUGUCAGUGAAGAGGGCACCCAGUCUGCUGUUGCUAAGAAGGUGGGAGUUCCUGUUUGCGAAGCUCUUGUAGCUUAUGACGAGGGAGACUACGCCAGAGCUGUGGAGCUCAUGGCGCCCGUGCGGUACCAGGUGGGAUCAAUAGGGGGCAGUAAAGCACAGCUGGAUUAUUUGUUCCACCUCUUCCUAAUCCAUGCCGCCAUCAAAUCGUCUGAGUCACGGCACCAUCAGUUAGCCAGGGCCCUAUUGGCUGAGAGGAAGGCACUGAAGGAGAACUCACCAAUGACUGACAGGCUGAUGGCAGCGGCAUCUCUAACUGUCUAGGGACAACCUAGAUAGGGAGUCUCUCUUUGCGUAUUCAAAAUGUGAUUGCACAGACUUCUGCCAGGCUUGUUUAUUGUACGAAGAAGCACAUCAAUAAAUCUUAGUUUCUAAUCAGAUGAAAACAUAUUUCCCAAAACAUUGGAAAUUGGGAACUCUGGUAUUUUGUUACAGUUUGCGAUUACCGUAGUUGUUGUAUUUGUGUACGCUGUGGAUCAUCGUCACACUGACAAAGAAUGUCGCUGUUCCUAGCUUUUAGCUUUCUAAUCUAGAUUGCGGAGGAUUUGGUCAUUUUCUUUGAAGUAAGUAUGCUAGGCUACCGUGACCAUGAGGUGAUUGUUUAUCAUAUGUAGGGACGUACCAGCUACGACGUGAAAUACUCAAAAUGUUCAGAUUUGUUGCAAUAUUUCCUUCUUAAUGUACAUCGAACAGUAUCAAAUGUCAUUUCACAUGGCACACUGUAUGACCACUGCACGUAAAGACGACUAUAGAGUCAAAAAAUCAUGUUCAAUCAAACAUACGUACACGACCUUGUAAUGAGUAGAAAUUUUGAAUAACUAAUGGGAAAUAGUCAUAAAUGAAAUUUAGUUAUAAAGUAGGCAAAGUUUCGGGCAGUGCAUGCGGGUGUUAGCACAUUAUUGAUAUUUUGCAAUCAAUAACGCGAUGUAUUCAAUUGCAAACUGUACCGCAGAAAAUUAUCAACUCUGACAUGGGGAUGACCCUGAUACACUGCGAUUGGGUAGCGUCAGGUUCCCAUCCCUUUCAGCCAGUGACACACAUGACUAGUAUUUGAUGUAUUCGCCCCUUGACAUCUAUGACACCUAUAGCAUGUCCACAUGUCGAGGUCUAUUGUCCAAUAUAUUUUUCCAACUUGUAUCUCAUAAUUAAAAAUAACAACAUAACUAUGA